AUGGAAGGGCUUCGUAUCAUGGACUUGUCCGGGACGCUAGUGGAUCAGAGCUAUUUAGUGCAAUUGUGGCUCCUAAACAAUUGUAUCUUUGUAUGGAUGGGAUCAGGAGCUGAUAAACCUCGUCUUGGGUCUUUGUCAACGGCAAUUGCCACUCGCUACAGCCCCAUGCCACUCAUCACGUCCAUCGUGGGAGUGCCAGAGACGGAAGAGCAGCAAAUUGCACAGAGAUUAGCGCGACGUACAGGACGACAAUGUUUUGUGUCAUGUCAAUUGCCUGAUCAUGUACCAGAACUCUUUGCUUAUGUUGAGAAACAGAUUACUGAACGGUUGACGGAAGAGGGGGGUCGUCAGGAACAAGUGAACGAAACGUAA